CAGACCAAUCAGACUUCAAAAACUAGAACAAGCCCUUGUGGGAGUCCCUCCCUUGAAUUUGUGCUAGGUAGAGUAUCUAUAUGCUCGGACAUAAGACUGACUCAGAGAGACGAUGGUGGAGGGUUGGUAAAGAUGGCGGCGCUCUCCGAGGAUGGGAGGUAUGGACUGAAUUGUGGCGGACAGAAUACAGACCGAGUCACUGUAUUGCACGUAAAAUUGACAGAGACAGCUUUCAGAGCGAUAGAGAGGUACCAAACAUCUAAGAAUGUAACUUCCUCGCGGCCAACAAUGCAAUUCAAGGGACUCCAAGGGCGUAUUAAGAUCCCAAGGACUGAUUCUCCAGAUGGAUCUCAGAACUUUGACUUCUACCUGUCCAACGUGGGCAAGGACAACCCUCAGGGAAGCUUUGAGUGCAUCCAACAAUAUGUGUCCAGUUCGGGGAUCCCCCACCUUGCAUCCUUGGGGAUGGUUCAGGACAAAGUCACGGUGUGUGCCACCAACGACUCCUACCAGGUGACUCGGGAGCGCAUGGCGCAGACAGAGGAGGACAGCCGCAAACAGGGGACCAAAGUCCUCAAGCCUGGAGGCCAGUUCAGAGGUAAGAAAGUCCAGAUCCGCAAGCCAGCACCGUCAGGCUCUGAACCAGUCGCGGAGCGCAAACGCUCCACCCCUAUCAACCCAGCCAACACCAUCCGCAAGUGCCUUGCCAACAACCCGGUUUCCCAGCGCCCGUACCGCGACCGCUUGGUCCACCUGCUGGCGUUGCGCACCUACAAGAAGCUGGAGCUACUGGCCAGACUGCAGCGGGAUGGGGUCAGUCAGAAGGACCGCAGCUCUCUGGGGAGCACUCUGCAACAAGUGGCCAACUUGAACCCCAAAGAUAACUCGUACUCUCUGAAGGACUUUGUGUACCGUGAGGUGCAGAGGGACUGGCCGGGCUACUCUGAGGACGACCGCGUUCAGGUCAACGGGAUUCUGGCCCGGAAACUGGGCCUUCCCACUGAGACACUUUCCUCCAGCAGUCCUCCCAAAGAUGGCCUCCCGAGCUCCCCACAGAAGUGCCAGCCCGAGUUGCCGAGUCACUUCACCGACCCCCUGAUGCCCAAGAAGCCCCGCAUCUCCCAUGUCACCAACCAAGGGCCACCUGCCGCCCCCACCUUGUCUUCUAGAGAUCGCUGCAGCGCCACGAAGGGGGAUGACAGCCACCACAGCGCCGCUGCCACCAAACGCUUGUCUCUCCCAGCCAGGCUCACCAUUGCUGGCCCUCCCCUCAACCACCUCCCCCCUCCCUCCCAGCUGCCCGUUUCUCACCGCCCUCCUCCGUCGCAUCACCCCGGCCCGGGCUCCAACUCACCCAGCACGCCUGAGGGCCGUGGCACCCAGGACCUGCCCCUUGACCAGAGCUCCACCUGCCUGGACCCCUCCUCACCGAAAGCCACCCCCAGCCCCUCGGGCAGGACUGCCGACCACUAUGGCAUGCCGCCACCGGCCAGCUCCAGUCCCCACAGCCGCCCAGCCCUCACCAUCUCCACCAUCUCCUCUUCAUCAUCCUCCUCCUCCUCCACCAUUAUCCCCCCUCCCUUGCCCAGCAGUAGCAAGAAGUCAAAGAAAAAGUCAAAGAAGCACAAAGAGAAGGACAGAGAGAAGGAGAGGUGCAGGGAGGGGCGCAGCAUCACAUGCGAUGGCAGUGGUGUCAGGCCCCCAGCGGUGCAGGUUGAGGACGGCCAGAGGCCCAGGAAGAGACACCGGGCCAAGGGGGAGGAAAGACUAACACCAGUCAUCCCCGCCAAAAGCCCAGUCUGCUCGGACGAAGACACUAAAGAGAGGCCAGUCCACUCCACAGACCUCUCCUCCACCACCGUGAUGCCAGAUUACAUAUGUGAGUACAUGGCAGUGGUGUCCAUGGACCAGAGGCAGAUUUACAAGGACAACUUCAACGCCGAGUAUGAGGAGUACCGCGUCCUGCAUGCCCGCGUGGAGAAGAUCACUCGCCGCUUCACCCAGCUAGACGCCCAGUGCAGGAGGCUGCCGCCUGGCACCAAAGAGUACCAGGAGGUACAUGAAGAAGUGGUGAAGGAGUACAACAAAAUGAGACUACACAGCCCAAACUACCAAGUGGAGAAGCAGCGCUGCGAGUACCUGCACAACAAGCUGGCCCACAUCAAGCGCCUCAUCGCUGACUUUGACCAGCGCAGGGCCCAGUCCUGGAGCUAGACCACAGUUUUGAGGUGGUUUAAGGGGUGUGUGGAGUAAGGGGGUUCCAACUGGCUUUUAUUUAUUCCGACCCCCCUGCCUCUGCUGCCACAGUUAACACUUCUAGCCUAUGAAGGACUUUAUCCAAAAAUUAAACUUAUUUUUGAAAGCAGAGAAAAUAUUAUACUUACACUUGUAUUUAAGUAAAAAAAAAAAAAAAAGAGGGAGAUGUAUUUAUUUUCGACUGGUCAGAUGAUUUAUUGUUUAAAAAGUUUAUAUUUUCCGAACGCAAUGCAAAAAAACAUGGACCUUAUGUGUUUGACUUUCUGAAGCCAUUUUGCACGUGAGAGGAGAUCCCAUGCUGCGUCCCAAUUGUCCGAAGUUGCUUAUCUUCCCGUCACCCUCUUCUUUCAUUGUGAAGUAGAGGGCAUAAGGAGAGGAAUCCACUUUAGACCAUUGAGACGCAACACCAAUGUGUGUGUGCCUGGUUUAUAAUGGCCAUGGGGGAGUAAUGGGAGGCUGGGGUAAAUUUAGGAGUAUCGUCCCCUGACAGCAGGGGGGCGCUACCUGUGCAACAUCAGUGUUUCUGCUCUCGGCGCAAAAGGAUGCCUUAAGGUGUUAGUUUACACUCUGUAAUGUCGAGUCGCAACACGGGGGAACUACAACCACCUGGCUACAGGUCACACACCAGCAUGAAGUGUGUGUCUGUCUGGGGGGACGGAAUAUGAAAUAUGUGAGGUUGUAAGUGGUACCUGUGUCAUUAUUAUUAUUAUUAUUAUUAUUGUUUUUUUGAGAGGUGACAGGGGUGUCAGAAGAGGAACUACAAAGGUCAGGGUGGUUUGUGGGUGGAUAUGUGAGUAUUAUGUGUGGGUGGGCGCCUAUGUAAAACGGGGGGGAG